CGCAUACCUAUAGAGAAAUAGUAGCGUUUAAUAUCUCUAUAGUUCCAGUUGAUGUGUUUAAAGCGUCAAUAGGGGGAAGUCUAACCGAAUGAGACGCGUCGGUCUAAUGCUAAACUAUGAAUAUCACACCUGCAAUAGAUCUGCGUUUGUACAGGUGUAUUACCUCAAAAGAGGGUUUGAGGUGACGGACUCCUCUUUGGAUUACUAGCGGAUCUGUUUGCAGACUCGACUGGCGCUCCCAGCUCCGCGUCUGUGCUUCAACCACAUGGGAAACGCUUGUGGGGUGGACGGACUCUCAAACUGCCCGGUCUCCAUAUAUCUCUGGCAAUUGCAGGGCUCCUCUGGUUUAAUCGUAACGCAAAACUAAGCGACUCUGGUUGUCACAUGUCGGAUCAGUAAGUGACUUAAGUCAGUAAAUGUCACUGGGACAUUUUGGACUGGCCGUGCCGGCUUAAUAUUUACGUUAUAUAAAGUAUUUGUCUGCGCCUCCGUAACGAGGGACUGAGGCGCAGUGGCGCCAACAAAAAAACCGAAUCAGUAAAGCCGCUUUACUAAACCACGAUGGCUGUUGCUGGAUUAGAAACUGGGGACCACCGUCAAGCAGAAAACGGUUUCGUGUCCCCCGAACCGCCUCCGCCGAAACUGCUCCCGCAGAUCGACGUCUCCGUCCUGCCUUUCCUCGGAGGGUUUGGGAAGUAUCAAAGGGAGCUGAUCGUGUUGACGUGGAUCCCGGCUUUAUUCAUCGGCUUCAGUCAGUUUUCCGAUUAUUUUCUCCUGGCCCAGCCAAACAGCACGUGUGUGCACGGCGAGGCGAAUUGGACCGCCGGUCCGCUUUCAUUGACCGGCGACGCGAACUUCAGCAUGACUGGCCGCUACGUGUACGGCGACGGCACCGGGAACGACACCCAGUGUCUGUGCGCUGGCUGGAAGCUGGAGUCGCAAACAGGACUAGUGCAAAACGUAGUCACCAAGUGGAAUUUGGUGUGCAGUUCUGCGCAGAACGUCCACAUAGCAAAAUUCUCUCUGCUGGUUGGGUCCAUUUUCGGAUAUUUGGUGAUGGGCGUUCUGGCUGACUGGUUUGGCCGUCAGCCAGUGUUGAUCAUCUCCCUGCUCUUCAUGCUGGUCUUUGGGCUGACAGUGGCCUUCUCAGUCAAUGUGUCCAUGUUCAGCACCCUCCGCUUCUUUGAAGGCUUCUGCCUGGCUGGGAUCACCCUCUCCCUCUACGUAAUGAGGAUCGAGCUGUGUCUGCCAGACAAGCGCUUCUCCAUGACUGUCGUGGCCAGCUUUGUGGUUUUAGCGGGUCAGCUGCUGAUGCCAGGCCUCGCAGCUCUCUGCCGUGACUGGCAGGUCCUACAGGUCGUCAUCAUCUGCCCCUUCAUCCUCAUGCUGUCGUACAUCUGGAUUUUCCCAGAAUCCCUUCGCUGGCUUCUGUCCACCCAGCAGUACCACCGCUCCAAAGGACUGAUGUACAGAAUUGGCAGGAAGAACAAGGUGGACAUGGAGGUGGACACGACUGGCAUCCUUUCAGAGCUGGAAAGGGAGCUGCCCAGGAAGCCAAAGCGGACGUGCAUCAUCAAGAUGGUGGGCACCCGGAACUUGUGGAAGAACAUUGUGGUGCUGUGCGUGAAUUCGCUCACUGGGUACGGCAUUCAUCACUGCUUCGCACGCAGCAUGAUGGACCCUGAGGCCCGCGAGGGGUUCCACAGCUUCCUUGCUGAUUACUUCACCAUGGCAGGCAUCGCGGUGGCAUCGUGCUUGUCGUUGUGCCCGGCCGUGGUCCUACUGGGCCGCAGGGGUGGCCUGCUGGUCUUCAUGAUCGUCACCGCGCUGGCGUCGCUGCUGCAGCUGGGCCUACUCAACUUAAUUGGGAAAUACAGCCUGCGGCAUGAUAUAGAGCUGAGGGACACGCUGAAUAAAAAGUUCUCCGUGGCCUUCUCCAUCAUCGGCAUGUUCUCCUCGCAUGCAGUCAGCAACCUCAGCAUCUUCUUCUGUGCCGAGAUCACCCCCACAGUCAUCAGGGGCGGCGGUCUCGGUCUUGUUCUGGCCAGCGCUGGCUUUGGCAUGCUGACAGCGCCCAUCAUGGAGCUGCAUAACCAGAAGGGCUACUUUCUGCACCAUGUCAUCUUCGCCUGCUGCACCCUCAUCUGCAUCAUCUGCAUCCUGCUGCUGCCGGAGACGCGCCACCAGCCGCUGCCCGAGAGCCUGGCAGACGGGGAGAGCUACGCCCGGCAACCACUGCUGCCGCCCAAGCGGCUGGGCGAGCAGCACCUCCUGCUCACCCGUGGCGAGACCAGAGACUACUCGCGUGUCCAUGACACGCCUGUCCGCCAGGCCAUCACCUCAGAAGCCAGCGCAUGCGAAGGAAGCGCAGCCACCAAUGGGGUGAAGCUGCCAUGAGCAUGCAUGUUCUGCACUGAGGCCCCUGCCUGGCGUGGGGGCGGGUCUUGCCUCCAGCCGUCCAAUUGCACCUUGCAGCCCACGUUGAUAGACUGAGGUGACAACCUCUGAUAGGCUGCGAUAAUCUUGAACCAAGGGACAUUAAUCAGAGACAAGAUCCAGUGACCUUUAUAGCCUGAUAUGGCUGCAGCACUCCCAUACUGAUGCACACCAGGCCAAUUUUUUUCUCCUACAAUGUGAAGCACCUUCCCCCCCCCCCCCCCCCCCCAAUCUUAAAACCGAAUACCACUAGUUGUUGUAUUUGCUCAAAACUUAUCGCUGUUUUCUGAGAUCCUUGUGCAAUGGAUGUUAGGAGGAACCAGGAGACUAAAGUCAAGCGUCAGGGUUUGUUCCUUAUGUGUGAAUAAGUAUAAGUAGUCAGGAUGUCGCCAGAAUAGAUGUGUUAGAGGCUAAUCCUGCUGAGUAUUUAUCUGUGGGUUAUAUGAAGUAAAAUCCUAACGAUGCAUUUUUAGGCUCUUAUACUCUCUUGGUGCCACUAUUCAGGACAGAGCUAACAUGUAAUUCUCCUGUUUUGUCCUACCUCUCAUCCACACUGCUUGAAACGGACACAAGGGUACCAGACUUAUUUAUUAAUGGACUGUAUUGACGCAAAACAAGGCAGGUCGCUGAGGAGCAGGGUAAAUUUGGUGAGCUUUUACGGAUAGUGAUGUUUUCAUGAUCCGUGCAGGGAAGCAGUUUUCUCUCCUAGAUGUCGAAAGGAAUUGUUUCCCACCUAUAAGACACUCAUGUUGAUGCUAGAAAACCUUGUCAUAUGAAGCGACCGAAGACAAACGUGAUGUGAUGAUGUGAAGGAUAAUCUACAACCUUGAAACGUUGUUUUGCAAUGUAGAUACUGUUUUUAGUUGUAAUUUUGGAAAUCUUUCUGGCUCAAGUAUUCAGCAGAUCACACCAAACUAGAUCAAAAGAACCUGAAAAAAGCUUUGUGAGGGUUUUGCGAUGGAUGACAUUAAACAGCUGCGUUCUGCAAGUUUUAUGGAAAAAUCGUGCACCUUGUGGAGCAAACCAGUGUUACCAUGUGACACUUUUUUUUUUAACAUUCCCUGAAUUUUUGCACUGAAUUAAGAAACAAUCAGAAGUUGCCAAGAUUUUUUGUGCAGAUGUACUAUUCUAGAUAGACUUUGUGUGUCGUGCCGUGUUACUAACCACGAGUUCAAAAAUCUCGAUUUUUUUUUGUUUUUGAAGGCAUUUAGCGGUGUGAUGGAGACCUCAACUCAGAUGUGGUGAAUGAAGGUAAUUUUGUUGUUGUUUGCGUACAAACUAAGCCUGAAAACCACUGUUAUUCGUCAUGCUACAGCGGAAUCCUUGGAGUACGCGUGCAUCUCGUUCACGAGAUCUCAAAGCCACAAGCUGUGUAGCAGCCUUGCAUACGUCAACUGAGCAAAGACCAUUUCACUAUUUUUAAUGUUGUAAUAUCAGUUAACAGUUUUUAAACUUGUUUACAAAAAUGCAAAAAAAAUGUACUGUACAGACUGGACUGUUUAUACAGUUUUUUUGGGUCUUGGUAAAUCCCAGUCAUGUUUUUUGCGUGUGUGUGUGUGUGUGUCUGCGUGUGCGAAUGCACACGCGUGUGUGCACAUUAUGCCCCAGUCUCAUUUUAUCCCACCUUAGCCAGGGAUGAUUAUACUAUUUUCUUGAAGUAGUGAGCAUAACAGGCAUAUACUUCAUACAGACGGGCCAUCAUUAUCAUUAGGCAAAAGUAUGUUUUGAAUUGGUGAAUGACGGAGGGGAGGGGGACUCUGGGGGCUUGGCAGCUUUCAGCCGUGGCUCGUGCCCCUGCACCCCCCCGUCUAUAUACGCCCCUGACCUUAGCACUUGCACAAGCGACGUAGAUCAUCACGUCUGUUCAGGUGUGUUUACAAAGCACAAUGUUCUAAAAUGGUUCUAAAAUGCCUUCGUAUGUGGGGUUUGGGUGACAAAAUGUUCAAAAACCACUAAAGUAACUUUAAUAAGAAAAACAGCAAAUGUGCCCUUUGUCUCUUAAUAUCCAAGAAAGGACCAGUGGACAGUUUUUGACUAGUAACUGCAGAAAGCAAUUGUGAACUUUGAAACUUGAAGCAGUGUUUUGUUGUACACUGACUACAGAGCCAUUCCCUGGUAUCCUGGAAAAAAAAUAUGUAUGAAUACACACAAAAAUAUGUAUUUUUGACAUAUGUCAAUAUAUGGAUCUGGUAUUAGAAAUGUUGAGUAUUGUCACAUUUUAUGAAUGUAUUACUGUAUGGUUUAUAAGUACUGUAAUACGCAAUAGUGGCAAUGUGUAUAUUUUUAGUAUUUUGAUGCAUAUUAUGACAUAUGUUAAGAAUGUUAUUUUUCUAUGACAUUUAUACAUGUAACUUUUUUGUAAAUGGAAUAUGGUGAGGGAUUACCAAGCAAAUAAGUGAAUGUAAACCACUUUUUUUUAAAUAUGGAGGCACAUGUGUAUGUAAGCCAUGAAUGUUGUAAUAAACCUGUUUAUUUAUUGAUGAUA